AUGACGUCAGAUCAACGAGAUUCUGCGAAGCUAGAAAAUAUGAAGCUGCAAUCGACAGAAGAUAACACCCACAAUCUAGCCAGAACAGAGUCGCUAGACUCUGACAAUGAUCUAGAGAACUUGCCCAACUUUGCCCACUAUAAUGAAGCUGUUCCCAUAGAACUUUCAGGAGUCAAUGAAGACGCGGUCUCCCGUCUGUUGUCGAGGAUCCAGUCGCAGCGCUCAAGCUUAUCGCGCCCCGCGGCUGCGAAUAUUUUGCACCCAGACCUUGAAGCCAAUAGUGAACUAACAAAAGAAGAUGAAGGAAACACAUUUUCCAAAAGAACAAAAAACAUCUGUGUUGUAAUUGCUUCACUUUCUGGUUUCUUAUCGCCUAUGUCGUCACUAGCUUUUUUGCCUGCUGUCCCAGAAAUUGCAGACAGAUUCAACACUACUGGAGAAGUCAUCAACAUCUCCAGCGCAGUGUAUUGUAUUUUCAUGUCCAUUUCACCGUGUAUUUUCUCUCCUUGCUCAGACAUUUAUGGAAGAAGGAUUACUUUCUUAGUUUGUGCUCUCUUGUUCAGCAUAUGUACCGUGCUUGUGGCAGUAUCUCCAGAUCUUCCGACAUUCUUUAUCUUCAGAGCGCUUACUGCCCUAUUUGGUACUUCCUUUUUUAGUAUAGCUGCCCACAUCAUUGGUGAUCUCUUUAUUCCCGAAGAAAGAGGUACGAAUAUGUCUUGGGUUAUUUCGGGAGCCCAGAUCGGAACUGCCUUUGGUUCCGUGCUAGGCGGUAUCAUUGUCAAUUACACAAGUUGGAGGGUUAUAUUCUGGGUAAUGGCAGGUCUAGGAUUAGUAAUGACUGUGACAGCAUUUGUGUUUCUCCCAGAAACCAGCAGACAAACAAAGCACUCAAUUUUACUUGCUGAAAUCAGAAAAGAUAGGCCGGAUAAAAAGUUUGUUUUCAUUCCAUUCAAUCCUCUUCGAAUCAUAGUUGCAUUGAAGUACCCUAAUCUAUCUAUAGAUGGUUUCAUCACUAUCGCUGUUGUUUACGCCAUGUAUGCUCUUCUAACUCCAAUUAGAUACGUUGUCGAUCCACGUUUCAAUCUUACUACUCCAAUCUACAGUGGACUUUUUUAUUUGGCACCAGGUAUGGGAUACUUGGUAGGAAGUUUCUUUGGUGGAAAAUGGGCAGACCAUGUCGUCAAAAAAUACAUAAGAAUCAGAGGAAGAAGAGUACCCGAGGAUAGAUUACGAACAGUUUUGAUUCCCCUUGGGAUAGUAUAUCCUUCAUGUAUGCUUAUCUAUGGAUGGUCUAUUGAAAAAGAGAAGGGAGGAAUGCCCGUGCCCAUCAUAUUUAUGUUCAUUUCAGGAAUUGCCCAAACUUGUAUAUUCCCAGCAUCCAAUGCUUAUUGUGUUGACUGUUUGCCAGAAUUAGGAGGCGAUGCUAUUGGAAGUAGUUAUUUCUCAAGAUACUUGGCUGCUGCUGUUGCAUCAGCUACAUGUUUGAGAAGUGUUGAUCUGAUAGGUGUUGGCUGGACCUCUACUAUAAGCGCCUUUGUGUUGUGGAUUGGAUUCGGAUGUGCUUUGGUUUUGAUUUACUGGGGAGAGGCCAUGAGAGUGAAAUCACUUGUUAAGUAUGGGUUGAGAAAAGAAGAGGAACUAGUCACUUAG